GCCAUGUGGUAGCCUUAAAAUUAAACCUCUCUCUCUCUCUUUCACACACACACACCCCUCCCGUCCCCUCCCCUCUCCUCCCCUGCUUGUGUGGGUGCCGCUUGGCGCCCGGCCGCCCAGAAAAGGAGGUGGGCACCAGGUGCCCCUCCAUCCCAUUCUCGCCUCCUCCCACUUCUGAGUUCUCCCAGGAGCAGCUCCCCCCCUCCUCAAUGUUGGUUUAAUGCCAAACUGGCGUUCAGGGGAUUACUAUGCCCUGAGGUUGGCUCUUGGUUGCGCCUUCCCACCGGUCACCCUCCCUCCUUCCCACCCUCCCUUACUUGCCCCCUUCUGGCCCCUCUGGGCAGCGACGGAUUAUGAUAUGGCUUCAGGUGCCUUGGCAGGACACUUGGUUGGCAGCAAACGAUGCCAGGCACAGCUGGCAGAGUUAACUCUUUGCUAGCUGCCAAUAGGAAUAUCUGAGGAGAUUCAGUGCUGUUUACGGACCAAUACGCUCAUGGCAUAGAAGCUGCUGAGGGUUUGUUUUGAGUAUGCGCCAGCUAACCCUUGGGCUGGCAACCAGCUAAGCAGGCAGAAACCUCUGGGGUCUCCACCCAAGUCCCAUGGAUGGCGAGACGGGCUGUGGUCCGAGCAUCCCUCUUGUCCCCUCCCAGCUACUAUGAAGCAGUACAUGAUGGACGUGGGCCUGCUAGCCCCGAGUACCCUUUCCUUGGUGGCUGGUACCAUUAUAUGGGUCAGGAGCCUCUCUCAUACAAGCGGCGUGGAGGUGUGGUGGAUCACCGUGACAUCAUCAUGGCCCAUCAGGCCCACAAGAUUCACAACACACCCCAGGCACAGCGAAAAGAAUGGGAGAUGGCUCGGUUUGGAGACGAGGUGCCCGCCCGCUAUGGGGCAGGAGGUUCAGGGGGCGCUGGCUCUGGAGCAGCAGGCGGCGGAGGUGGCCGGGUUGCUGGGGGCGUCCGGCAAGGUGGUCCCCCAGGGGCCCAGAGGAUAUACAAACAGUCAAUGGCCCAGCGAGCCCGUACCAUGGCACUCUACAACCCCAUUCCUGUCCGACAGAACUGCCUGACUGUCAACCGCUCCCUCUUCCUCUUCAGUGAGGACAACGUGGUGAGGAAAUACGCCAAAAAGAUCACCGAAUGGCCUCCUUUUGAAUACAUGAUUUUAGCAACCAUCAUAGCAAACUGCAUUGUCCUUGCUCUGGAGCAGCAUCUGCCUGAUGAUGACAAGACGCCAAUGUCAGAACGACUGGAUGACACAGAACCAUACUUCAUUGGAAUAUUUUGUUUCGAGGCUGGAAUUAAAAUUAUUGCCUUAGGAUUUGCUUUCCACAAAGGCUCCUACCUAAGGAACGGCUGGAAUGUAAUGGACUUUGUGGUGGUUCUCACAGGCAUCUUGGCAACAGUCGGCACGGACUUUGACCUGCGGACUCUGCGGGCGGUUCGUGUGCUCCGACCACUAAAGCUAGUAUCGGGAAUUCCAAGUUUACAAGUCGUCCUCAAGUCCAUCAUGAAGGCCAUGAUACCUCUGCUACAAAUUGGCCUCCUCCUAUUUUUUGCAAUCCUUAUUUUUGCAAUCAUAGGGUUAGAAUUUUAUAUGGGGAAAUUGCACACCGCCUGCAAGGACAUUCAUACAGAUAAAAUCAAGGAGGAAGCUCCAUGUGGAACGGACUCGUCAUCGCGCCUCUGCCCUAAUGGGACCAAGUGUGAAGAAUACUGGCAAGGACCCAACUAUGGGAUUACUCAGUUUGAUAACAUCCUGUUUGCUGUGUUGACUGUCUUCCAGUGUAUCACCAUGGAAGGGUGGACUGACCUCCUUUAUUAUAGCAACGAUGCCUCAGGGAGUGCUUGGAACUGGCUGUACUUCAUCCCCCUCAUCAUCAUCGGAUCCUUUUUUAUGCUCAACCUUGUGCUGGGGGUGCUUUCUGGGGAGUUUGCCAAAGAAAGGGAGCGGGUGGAGAACCGGCGAGCAUUUCUGAAGCUGAGAAGACAACAGCAGAUUGAACGGGAGCUCAAUGGCUACAUGGAGUGGAUCUCCAAAGCGGAAGAAGUGAUCCUAGCUGAAGAUGACAUAGAAGGAGAGCCUCGUCACCCCUUUGAUGGAGCUCUUCGGAGGGCCACAAUCAAGAAGAGCAAGACAGAUCUGCUGAACCCAGAGGAAGCAGAUGACCCGCUGGCUGACAUCUCCUCAGUGGGUUCACCCUUUGCUCGAGCCAGCAUCAAAAGUGCCAAGCUGGAAAACGCCUCUUUCUUUCACAAAAAGGAGCGGAGGUUGCGUUUCUGUAUCCGUCGAAUUGUCAAAACUCAGGCCUUUUACUGGACAGUCCUCAGUCUGGUAGCUCUCAACACUUUGUGUGUUGCUAUAGUACACUACGACCAGCCAGAUUGGCUAUCUGACUUCCUCUACUAUGCAGAAUUCAUUUUCUUAGGGCUCUUUAUGUCCGAAAUGUUUAUAAAAAUGUAUGGGCUCGGAACGCGGCCUUACUUUCACUCAUCCUUCAACUGCUUCGAUUGUGCUGUUAUCAUUGGGAGCAUCUUUGAGGUGAUCUGGGCUGGGAUAAAGCCUGGCACCUCCUUUGGGAUUAGCGUUUUACGAGCUCUCAGGUUACUGCGCAUUUUCAAAGUCACAAAGUACUGGGCUUCCCUACGAAACCUAGUCGUAUCUCUGCUGAACUCCAUGAAGUCCAUCAUCAGCCUCCUUUUCCUCCUCUUCCUCUUCAUAGUCGUCUUUGCCCUUUUGGGAAUGCAACUCUUUGGGGGCCAGUUCAAUUUUGAUGAAGGAACCCCUCCGACCAACUUUGACACUUUCCCAGCAGCAAUAAUGACAGUAUUUCAGAUCUUGACUGGUGAAGACUGGAACGAGGUGAUGUAUGAUGGUAUCCAAUCUCACGGUGGUGUCGAUUCAGGAAUGAUGUACUCAAUCUAUUUCAUUUUACUGACCUUGUUUGGUAACUACACUUUGCUCAACGUAUUCUUGGCUAUUGCUGUGGAUAAUCUGGCCAAUGCUCAGGAGCUCACGAAGGAUGAACAAGAAGAAGAAGAAGCUGCCAACCAGAAACUUGCCCUUCAGAAGGCAAAAGAAGUAGCAGAAGUGAGCCCUCUGUCUGUGGCUAACAUGUCAAUAGCAGCGAAAGAGCAACAGAAGAAUCAGAAGGGCUCCAAAUCAGUCUGGGAGCAGCGAACAAGUGAGAUACGGAAGCAAAACUUGAUGGCAAGCCGGGAGGCACUUUACAAUGAACUGGACCCUGAGGAUCGCUGGAAGGUCACAUUUGCCCGCCAAAUGCGGCCAGAUAUGAAAACCCACUUAGACCGGCCACUAGUGGUAGAUCCUCAGGAGAAUCGAAAUAACAACACUAACAAGACGCGUCCCAGCGAGCCACCCUUGGACUCACACUUUGGACAGCAGCGACCUGAGGAGUUCCUGCGAAAGCCACCUCGCUAUCAUGAGCAUCCACGGAAUCCUCACAUGUAUGAGCGCCCUGACUCAGGCAGCUUGGAACCACGGCGCCCACGGAGCAGCAGCAAGGAAAUUGACUUUAACCAGGAAAGUGGAUACCAUGAGAUUGACUAUCAUAGCAAGGAGCACAGUGCCGUCUUUGAGCAUAGUUACCAUGGCGACUGUGACUCACAGCGAAUCAAGGCCUUGGACCCCCACCGCCGGCACCGAGGCAACAAAGAGAGCCGAAGUGGGUCACCUCGUACAGCCGAUGGUGACCGAGAGCACAGGCGGCAUCGGGCUCACCGCCGGACACCGGAUGAGGGAGGUGGUGAGGAAAGUAGCAAAGCUGAGCGCCGGCCUCGGCACCGUGAGGGGAGCAGGCCUGCACGGGGUGAUGUGGAUGGGGAGCAGCCUGAUGGAGAAAGGCGCCGACGGCACCGGCAUACUGCACAGUCCACCUAUGAUGCUGAUGGCAAGGAGCGACGGCACCGGCGCAGAAAAGAGAACCAAGGCUCUGGCCUUCCACCUGGACCAAACCUAUCCACCACACGGCCAAUCCAACAGGAUAUGGGGCGCUUGGAGCCCCCAGUUGCUGAGGAUAUUGACAACAUGAAGAACAAUAAGCUGGCAACCAAUGAGACCUCAAACCAACAUCCCAUCAGCCACCCUCAGAAUCCUACCAAAGGAGGCAGCCACUCAAAUUCCACACCAAGCCACACACCCCAAAAUCCACCUGUUUCCUUGGACCAACCACUCCCCAAUUCUCAGAACUCUACCAGUCGCCGGACCCCCAAUAAUCCUGGCAAUCCAUCCAGCCCUGGACCCCCUAAAAACCCUGAGAACAGCCUCAUUGUCACUAACCCCACCACCCAGAACAAUCCCCCCAAAACUGCGAAGGAAACAGAGCACACAGUGGUGGAGAUCCCACCCACCUUUCCACCACCAAUCAACAAUGCUAUAAUGCAAGUCAAUAAGAAUGCCAACCCUGAACCUCUGCCCAAGAAGGAGGAAGAAAAAAAGGAGGAAGAAGAUGAUGAUGGAGGAGAGGAUGGACCCAAACUCAUGCCACCAUAUAGCUCUAUGUUCAUUCUCUCAACCACUAACCCGUUUCGGCGGCUCUGUCAUUACAUUGUCAAUCUGCGCUAUUUUGAGAUCUGCAUCCUGAUGGUGAUUGCCAUGAGCAGCAUUGCUUUGGCUGCUGAAGAUCCUGUGCAGCCAAGUGCUCCCCGUAACAAUGUUCUCCGCUACUUUGACUAUGUCUUCACAGGUGUCUUCACCUUUGAAAUGGUUGUUAAGAUGAUUGAUUUAGGACUGAUCCUUCAUCGAGGCUCUUAUUUUCGGGACCUGUGGAACAUCCUGGAUUUCAUUGUGGUCAGUGGAGCAUUGGUGGCAUUCGCCUUCACAGGCAGCAAAGGGAAAGAUAUCAACACCAUCAAAUCCUUGCGUGUCCUUCGUGUCCUCAGACCCCUAAAAACUAUCAAGCGAUUGCCAAAGCUCAAGGCCGUCUUUGACUGUGUGGUGAACUCACUCAAAAACGUCCUCAAUAUUCUCAUUGUGUACAUGCUCUUCAUGUUCAUCUUCGCUGUGGUGGCUGUCCAGCUCUUUAAGGGCAAGUUCUUCUACUGCACUGAUGAGUCCAAGGAAUUUGAAAAAGAUUGCAGGGGAGAGUACUUAGUCUAUGAGAAGAAUGAAGUGAAGGCUGAGAAACGAGAAUGGAAGAAAUAUGAAUUCCAUUAUGACAACGUGUUGUGGGCACUCCUUACUCUUUUCACUGUAUCUACGGGAGAAGGCUGGCCAGAUGUUCUCAAGCACUCAGUGGAUGCUACAUUUGAGAACCAGGGCCCCAGCCCCGGUUAUCGCAUGGAGAUGUCCAUCUUCUAUGUGGUUUACUUUGUGGUCUUCCCAUUUUUCUUUGUCAACAUUUUUGUGGCCUUAAUCAUCAUCACCUUCCAGGAGCAGGGGGACAAGAUGAUGGAGGAGUACAGCCUGGAGAAGAAUGAGCGAGCCUGCAUUGACUUUGCCAUCAGCGCCAAGCCACUCACCCGUCACAUGCCUCAGAACAAGCAGAGCUUUCAGUACCGUAUGUGGCAGUUUGUGGUUUCACCACCCUUUGAAUACACCAUUAUGGCCAUGAUUGCCCUAAACACCAUUGUCUUAAUGAUGAAAUUCUAUCAUGCCACACCCUUAUAUGAUUAUCUACUAAAGAUGUUCAACAUGGUCUUCACUUCCCUGUUCUCCUUGGAGUGCAUUCUAAAAAUCAUUGCCUUUGGAUUGUUGAAUUAUUUCCGUGAUGCCUGGAAUAUCUUUGAUUUUGUCACAGUUCUGGGUAGCAUCACAGACAUCUUAGUGACAGAGUUUGGGAACAACUUCAUCAACCUGAGUUUUCUUAGGCUGUUUCGAGCUGCCCGCCUCAUUAAGCUGCUCCGACAGGGCUACACCAUCCGCAUCCUGCUGUGGACCUUUGUCCAGUCCUUUAAGGCCCUUCCAUAUGUGUGUCUGCUGAUUGCAAUGCUCUUCUUUAUCUAUGCGAUUAUUGGAAUGCAGGUCUUUGGUAACAUUAGCAUUGAGGUUGAUGAUGAUGUAUCUGAAGAUGACAAGCCUGCCAUCACUGAACACAACAAUUUCCGCACAUUCUUUCAGGCCUUAAUGCUUCUCUUUAGGAGUGCCACAGGUGAGGCUUGGCAUGAGAUCAUGCUAGCCUGUCUGAGUGGAAAGCUCUGUGAUGAGAAAUCAGACCUCAAUGGCAAGGAGUGUGGCAACGAGUUUGCAUACUUCUAUUUUGUGUCCUUCAUCUUCCUGUGCUCUUUCCUGAUGUUGAACCUUUUUGUGGCUGUUAUCAUGGACAACUUUGAAUAUCUGACACGUGAUUCCUCCAUUUUGGGGCCCCACCACCUGGACGAGUAUGUGCGUGUGUGGGCUGAGUAUGAUCCUGCUGCCUGGGGCCGGAUGACUUUCAUGGACAUGUAUGAGAUGCUGAGACACAUGUCUCCACCCCUGGGGCUAGGGAAGAAAUGCCCAGCCCGUGUUGCUUAUAAGAGACUACUUCGUAUGGACCUGCCUGUGGCAGACGACAAUACAGUCCAUUUCAAUUCCACCCUCAUGGCGUUAAUCCGGACUGCACUUGACAUCAAGAUUGCCAAAGGGGGGGCUGACAAACAGCAGAUGGAUGCUGAACUGAGAAAGGAAAUGAUGGCAAUCUGGCCCAACCUCUCCCAGAAAACUCUGGAUCUCCUGGUCACCCCUCAUAAAUCUACCGACCUGACAGUGGGCAAAAUCUAUGCAGCCAUGAUGAUCAUGGAAUAUUACCGCCAAAGUAAGGCCAAGAAGUUGCAGGCCAUGCAAGAGGAGCAGAAUCGGACACCACUUAUGUUUCAGCGAAUGGAUCUAUCAUCCCCUUCCCAGGAGGGUGGCCCAGGACAGAAUGCUCUUCCCUCCUCACAGCUGGAUCAAAGGGGUGGAAUGAGCAUGCAAGGAGGAGGAAUGAAAGAAAGUGAAUCAUGGGUCACACAACGAGCACAGGAGAUGUUCCAGAAGACGGGAACCUGGAGCCCAGAAAGGGGGCGCCCAGAAGAGAUACCCAAUAGUCGGACCAAUUCCCAGUCUGUAGAGAUGCGGGAGAUGGCAAAGGAUGGCUACUCAGACAGUGACCAGUACCUGCCCAUGGAAGGCCAUGGACGUGCUGCCUCCAUGCCACGACUGCCUGCUGAAAACCAGACAAUCACAGAUGCAAGCCCCAUUAAACGCUCUGCCUCCAUGUUGGGCCACUCACACUCCAAAGGCAUGCGCUUGGAAGACUACUCUCUGGAAAGGGUAAUAAUCCCAGAGGAGAACCAGCGGCAUCACCGGCGGCGGGAACGGAGCCACCGGACCUCAGAGCGCUCACUCAGCCGAUACACCGAUGUAGACAAAGGGCUGGGCACAGAUCUCAGUAUGACCAUGCAGUCGGGUGACCUACCUCCCAAAGAAAGAGACCAAGAGCGAGGCAGGCCAAAGGACCGGAAACACCACCACCACCACCACCAUCACCACCACCACCACACAUCUUCUGACAAAGAGCGGUACUCACAAGAAAGGCACGAAUAUAGCCGGCCUCGCUCCAGAGAUCGACGUUGGUCGCGCUCACCCAGUGAGGGCCGAGACCACAUGCCUCACAGGCAGGGCAGUAGUUCCGUAAGUGGGAGUCCAGUCCUCUCAACGUCUGGCACCAGCACCCCGAGGCGAGGACGCCGCCAGCUCCCACAGACCCCUUCUACACCCCGGCCACACAUCUCCUACUCCCCCGUGGUCCGUAAGGCCGUGAGCACAGGGCCCCAGCAGCAACAGCAGUCCGUGCACCCCAGCCGACUAUCCAGCCCAGCACCGAGGCGCUACCCCUCGCUGCCCGCGGAGCACCACGUCUCUGAGCGGCGCAGCACGUCUCCGGCUAUGGAGCGACACACAGUCCCGCUACGAAACGACUCGCCUCGGGCUUACCGACACGCCAGCAGCCGGUGGUCGGCCCCCCACGUCUCCGAGCCGCACCCGGGACCUCGUCACGGCAGUGGCUACUAUCGGAGUCCGGACUACGCCGGCCCAGCAGGUGAGGAAGCCUUCUCCUACGAGACAAUGCAGCACGGGAGCAGCUCAGGACGUUCGCCCAGAACUUCCCGGGUGGGCGGCGGCUCGUCCUCUCUUUCCCCCUCCAGGCACGGGCGGCGGCUACCCAAUGGAUACUAUCACUCGCAUGGACCAGCCAAGUCGCGUGGGACAGGAUCACGCAAAGCACUACACGAACCUUAUAGCGAAACUGACGAGGAUGACUGCUGCUGACCUAGUGUGGAUUCACCUUACACGUGCGCACGCGCGCAAAACACGCUAAAACACACACACCCAAGAGGGAUGAAAUUCCCAGUUGGGGGGAGGGGGGAGCUGUGAGGGGAGGGAGGAAGAAAGAAGGAAAGACCGUGAAUUGUCAACGGGUUGGGAAAGGCAUCCCGGAGGAAACCCCUGCCAUGGUGGAAAAGGGAAAGAAACUUUUUAUCUUUUG